UUGGGUGUUGUUUACAUCUGUGCUUUUGAAUGUUCCUAAAAAAUAUUGCAAAAUUCUGAAGCCCAAAAAAUAGGAAAAACUUGUAUCAACGGCGGUACCACAGUUUGAUGGAUCCAUAAUUGUUGCCUUAUAAAAAUGGACUGCAAAAACUCCGGUGUGGUUACUCUUGACGUCGAUGGCAAGAAGUUGACUGCAGAUCGGAACGUUCUCGUUCAAAGCAGUGGAUAUUUUGAAGCGAUUUUUGAACCAAUUCACUCUGGAUUUAUUGAGAAAGACAGUGAUCAUCUAACAUUGCAGGAUAUGAAUUGGAGAACGUUGAAUGCUCUUCUGAAGUGCCUGCCUGUGAAUGAUCAAUCUGACAGUGACAUUAAUGCAAUGGCUGAAAAAAUGACCGCAGAAAUGCUAUACAUUUGCACAAGACUAAUAAUGAAGUUCAAUUAUGAGCAAGUGGCCAUCAAAUCAUUAUCUCCAAAGAAUUGCUACUCAUUAUAUGUGGCAGCUGAGGACGUUGCUUGCAAGAAGCUCAGAAUAACAGCCUAUGAAAGGAUGCUCUUCUGGUUCCUACGAUUUAGAAGGACAAGGAAUUUUAAAGAAAUGUCCUUGCAUGAUUUAAUGUCAUACCUCAGUGACAGGAGGCUGAUAUAUGAUUUUCCCAAAGAUAUUCUUGAGGCUAUUAUCUGGUGGAUUAGGCAUGACGUGGAUAAUAGAGGAAAGUUGUACCCCGAUCUCGUAACCCUUGUGGAUUGGCCACAAGUGAAGCCCUCACAAAUAAAACACGUUUUGAGAUUUCCGACCAUUAACAAGUGUCCUCCAUCAUUUGCCGCACUUCUCAAAUUUCUUCACUAUUGUGGUCCAGAGGAUACUCCUGAAGCUCGGAUAGGUCGAGAACUUUUAGCAAAAGAAUCCCGACCGCCACCUCCUUUGGUCCUUCUCUUUCGAUGCCAAGUUUUUGACAAAAUUGAAGUCAAGAAGAAGAGCUGCUUUGUUUUUUUUCACAUGGAGACUAAGUCAUUUUUUGGCGACAAAAUUAUUACUGAAAAAUGUCCCGAUGGAUGUGCUGUUACAUUUUAUGAUGGUAAUUUGAUAAUUUGUGGUGGAAUUCAUGGCAUCAGAACAUCAAAUUGGAACCGAAAUGUCAUGUCUUACAACAUCUUUACUAAAGAGUGGAAAGUCUUAGCAAGACUAGACAUACCUAGACGCCACUUUGGGCUUGCAAGAAGGGGAAGUGAACUCUACUUGAUAGGAGGAACGUCAAGAUUUCGGAUUCCUACGUCAUCCGUUCAAAAAGUUGACGUUAAAACUGGCUUAGUUACAGAUUGUGAUGACCUUUUCCUUUUUGGCCCAAUAAACUACCCUUUUGGAUGCUGCUGGCACAAAAAUCGCUUGUAUCUUGCUCAAAAUUCAGAUGAUAAGAACUCAGUUUUGACAUACAGGGAAGAUAUAGACUUGUGGCAAUCAUGGCAGCCAUUUCGAGAAUCAUUUGGACCACAAUUUGUCUCAGCUUUGUCCAUUGGGGAGCAAAUAUAUACAAUAACUGAUGAAUUGUCUAUUAUGAAGAAAUCUGCUCUCCAUCUUCGAGUGGAAUCUCCAUGCUCGUUUUCUUCAAACAUAAAUGGCAUACACUAUUUUAAUACAAUGAAUAAUAUUCAGACGACAAUCUCAUUUCUUGAGCAUGAUUCCAAAAUCUACUUUUGCGGCUUGAACAAGAAGCGCAAAUUCAUCAUGCAAUUCUUUGACACUGUAACAGAAAACCUGAUCCUUAAAACUGUGCAACUCCGUAAAUUCGAGAAAAAAUUGAAAAGAUUUAUACGCCCAGGUUUAAGAUUAGAAUUGAUUCAAGAGGUCCAAUCUGUAAAAAUAGUUGCACCAGAUGUUGGAAGAAGCUGACUGAGCUGUGAGCAAAAACAAUUUUAUUUUUUGGUGUUGGAACCUUCGAUCUUGAAUUUAUUAUUUUUUACAAAAUUAUUAUGAUUAUAUUUUAUUAGAUAUUAGGAUCUAGACUUUCAUAAUAAAUAAAACUCCUCUUUCUAUGUAAAA